AUGGCGUUGAGGGUUGGUGUUAGAUCGGUCAUUUUUCUCUUUCCCUUUUUCUCCCUCUUCUCUUUCUUUUUGGAUUUUCUUUUCUUUUUGGGUCGGGGAUUUGGUGAGGUGGGUGUCGUUUUGUGGUCUGAGCCGAAUGAUUAUGGAGUCGGAGUUGGAGAUGUUGUUAUUCAUUAUCCCAUAGCAUCAGUGGUUAUACUCUGGCUCGAUAUUUUAUUUUCUAUUUCUUUUCCCUUUUUCUGUAAGAAGCAGGACUUCCCGGACGGCGUACUUGUCGCAGAGAAGAAGCUUGUCUACUUCCUUGAUAGUAUACUGAGGUCCUAA